GAAGGUGUUGAUUUAUCUAGUGAUAGGAUGGCAAUUCAACGUAUUCGUGAAGCUGCAGAAAAAGCCAAAAUUGAAUUAUCAUCAACACUUCAAACAGAUAUAAAUCUUCCAUUUAUUACUGCUACUAAUACGGGUCCCAAACACAUCAGUAUGAAAUUAACUCGGUCGACUUUCGAAUCUUUGACAAAGGAUCUCAUUGAGAUGACUAUCCCACCUUGUAAACAGGCUCUCAAAGAUGCUGGCGUAGAAACAAAGGAUAUCAAUGAAGUAAUAUUAGUUGGCGGUAUGACGCGUGCGCCUAGAGUUAUGGAAAUAGUGAAAUCAACGUUUAACCGCGAACCAACAAAGAGUGUAAAUCCUGACGAAGCUGUAGCAAUCGGUGCUUCAAUUCAAGGUGGCGUACUUGCUGGUGAAGUUACUGAUAUAUUGUUAUUAGACGUUACUCCAUUAUCUCUUGGAAUUGAGACUCUUGGAGGAGUGUUUUCACGAUUAAUCAACCGAAAUACUACGAUUCCAACAAAGAAAUCACAAGUGUUCUCAACGGCUGCGGAUGGUCAAACAAAGGUCGAGAUUAAGGUAUACCAAGGUGAAAGAGAAUUGGUUACUGGUAACAAGUUACUUGGAAACUUCCAGUUGGAUGGAAUUCCACCUUUACCUAAAGGUGUUCCUCAAAUUGAAGUUACAUUUGAUAUCGAUGCCGAUGGUAUUGUAAAUGUUAGUGCGCAAGACAAGGCAACCGGAAAGGAUCAAUCCAUUACUAUUACCGCACAAUCUGGUUUGAACAAGGAUGAGAUUGAAAAUAUGAUUCAUGAAGCUGAACGCCAUGCCGAGGCAGAUCGUGAGAAGAAAGAAUCUAUUGAAUCACUUAACCGUGCUGACUCUGUGAUUAGUGAUAUAGAGAAGAGUAUGGCUGAAUUUAAAGAUCAAUUAGAUGCAGCUGAAGCAGAAAAUAUCAAAUCACAGAUCCAAUCAUUGCGUGAUUUGACAGCUAAAGCGCAAAGUGAAGAUGUUAAAGCAGCUGACAUUAAUGCUAAGAUUUCGGAGGUGCAAAGUAGUAGUCUGAAAUUGUUUGAAAUGGCUUAUAAAAAGGCAAGACGAGGUGCAGAAAAUCCACCAUCAGACUCUAACCAAGAUGAUAAAGACAAAGGAAACAAAGAGUAG